UUUGUCCUACGUCAAUGAUAAAUACCUGUCAUUCGUACCAAAAAAUUUCAAAACAUUUUGGCAAAAAUAAAUAUACCUAUUAUAUUAUUAAAACCAUAUAAGUAACAGGAAAAACGCCACCUUCUCAUAUUCGUAUUCCAAAUGUACAAUACUCUUCGAAAAAUCAUUUUGUAAAAAUAGAAAUAAAUUAUUUUCAGUAUUGGCAAUUGAAGAUGUAAAAUGGACAUAGUCUCAAUAACACUUCGUUGCAAUGUUAUUCCAGUCGUUUCUAGAUUACUUGUAGCACGUAGAAAUUACGCAAGAUUGGCAGAAGUUGGUAGGUUAGAAACACCAAAGGUCUCUGGGAAGUAUGAAACAGGACAGCUGAUUUUGCAUAGGGUCUUCGGUUAUAGAGGCGUUGUACUAUUUCCAUGGUUAGCUCGAGUUUAUGAUAGAGAUUUACCAAGUCGGAAUGAAGGAGAUGAAGAGGCGUCUGCAGCAGUGGGUAAAGAAGUCAGAGGAAGAACACAUACCUUUUAUCAAGUGCUGAUUGAUCAGAGGGACUGUCCCUACAUUAGAGCCCAAACAGAGGCUGUAACAUUCUUAGGUAAUCAAGAUUCGUCCAGGAGUUUAUAUGCAAUCCCAGGCUUAGACUAUGUUGCCCACGAAGAUAUUAUCCCCUAUGCUAGUGCAGAAAAGACCCCCUUGAACCAUGAACUUUUUGAUAAAUUCUUAAUGGCAAAUCCAAAAGGUGAUCCUCCGUUUGUUGCCCAAGAAACAUUAAAAGCAUGGCAGAACAAAAAUCAUCCUUGGUUAGAACUUUCAGAUGUACACAAAGAAACUACUGAGAAUAUUAGAGUAACUGUUAUACCUUUCUAUAUGGGUUCCAGGGAUUCCCACGCAAGUUCAGUAUACUGGUGGAGAUAUUGCAUCCGAUUAGAAAACCUAGGCUCCCUUAGCGUGCAAUUGAGAGAAAGACAUUGGAGGAUAUUUUCUUUAUCUGGAACCUUAGAGACAGUAAGAGGUCGUGGUGUUGUUGGACAAGAACCGGCUUUAACAAGAGCGCUUCCAGCUUUUCAGUAUAGCAGCCACGUCAGUUUGCAGGCCCCUAGUGGACAUAUGUGGGGUACCUUUCGCAUGGAGCGAGAAGACGGAUACACUUUCGACUGUAGAAUACCGCCAUUUUCAUUAGAAAGCAAACCGGAUGGUGGCUCUGCAUCUCCUCCAGAUACUGUUUAAGAGUAUACUCUGUACAUAAAUAAUAUCCAAGCGUGUAAAUAUAUUACAAAAUCUUUCUGUUGUAA